AUGGGGUUGCCCCCAACGUUGAUGGACCACGACCUUGAGGAACCUCAAGGGGUGGCAACGACCUUGACCCCCCUGGUGGUCUACGGGGUGGUGGACCUCUACGGGAUGGCGGUGAAGGUCACCAUCGUCCACAACCACAACCACAGCGACCGCCUGCGCCGCAACAACGCCAUCCUGCGGGCCUUGUCCCCCGAGGGUGGCCGCCGUCCCCCCGUGUCACCUCAGCCCCCCGCCGGGCCACCCACGGGGCCACCACCCCCACCCCGGCUCCUCUUCCACCCCAACUGCGGGCAGAAGGCGGCCGUGGUCAACGAGGGACGGACGGCGCUGAGGCCACACGCCACGGACGACUUCAACCAUGGGGUGGUGCUGAGCGCCCGGGCCCUGAGGGACAACGAGCUCUUCCAGGUCCGCAUCGACAAGAUGGUGGACAAGUGGGCGGGGUCCAUCGAGAUCGGGGUCACCACCCACAACCCAGCCUACCUCCAGCUGCCCUCCACCAUGACCAACCUGCGCUCAGGCACCUGGAUGAUGACGGGCAACGGGGUGAUGCACAACGGCACCACCGUCCUGGACGAGUACGGCCACAACCUGGACCGUCUCAAGGCUGGGGACACGGUGGGGGUGGUGAGGAGGGACGAUGGGACCCUCCACUUCUUCGUCAACGGGGUGGCCCAAGGACCCGCCGCCUGGAACGUCCCCCCCAACGUCUACGCCGUGGUGGACCUCUACGGCCAGGCCGCCCAGGCCACCAUCGUGGAUGACGGGGAGGUGACAUCGGUGACGGGUGACGGGUCAGAAGGUGACACCCCGGUGUCCCCCGAGAGUUGUCCCCCGUCCCCGGGGGGUUCCCCCAGUGACCUUCGCUUCCACCGUCUCCACGGCACCAACGCCGUCAUCACCAACGGGGGGCGCACCGCCCUGCGCCAGAACUGCCGCUCCGAGUUCAACGACGCCAUCGUCAUCUCCAACCGUGACCUUCGCUUCCACCGUCUCCACGGCACCAACGCCGUCAUCACCAACGGGGGGCGCACCGCCCUGCGCCAGAACUGCCGCUCCGAGUUCAACGACGCCAUCGUCAUCUCCAACCGAACCCCCUCCCCUACCCAAAACCCAACCGUGGAUGUUCUACCACCACCCCCCGUUGAGUUCUAUGGUGGCAUCGUCAUCUGUCACCUGGGGGGCAACCUGGGCCACCUGGGGGGCCACUGGUGGGUCACCGCCAUCCGCCCCGAGGACCUGGAGUUCCCCAACACCAUGACGGACAUCGACUACGACACCUGGAUGCUGAG